CGUUCACUUGACUCCGACUAACGACACUUUGUACGACUCUCUCCUUUCCCCACUCGUCCUGCCUUCUCCGCUACUGGUUGGUAAAUCCCUUCUCCACUUUUCCCCCUCUCGUUCUCUGGCGCGCGCUUGGUUGGAGCUACUACAGCCGCCGGCCGACAUCGAAACUGUUCCCUUGGGAUCGGGUGAUGCAGCACGGUUUCGAUAUCGAUGUGCUUCGCCAAGAAGCUCAGAAACGAUGGCUGAAAGCGUCUGAAGUUCUUUUCAUCUUAAAAGAUUAUAAGCGCUAUCCUCUCACUCCAGAGCCACCUCACCUUCCACCUAGUGGUUCUUUGUUUCUUUUUAAUCGUAAGGUACUUAGGUUUUUCCGUAAAGAUGGGCAUGCAUGGCGGAGGAAGAAAGAUGGAAGGACCAUUGGGGAAGCUCAUGAGAGGCUUAAGGUUGGGAAUGUAGACACUUUGAGUUGUUAUUAUGCCCAUGGGGAGCAAAACCCUUACUUCCAAAGACGUAGCUAUUGGAUGCUGGAUCCGGAGUAUGAACACAUUGUUCUUGUUCACUACCGAGAAGUUGAUGAGGGAAGAUAUGUUUCUGGAUCGACUUCAAACUUCUCCAUGCAAUCUUAUUCAAGUCUCAAUCAUACUUCAAGUAUUAUUAAUGCAGAUAAAGGCUAUACAUCUGGAACUACUGUAUUAUAUGAACCAUCUCAGAGCCCUUAUAGUCAAGGAUCAACCGAAGAAGUCAGUUCUAAGUUUGUCUUAGAGAACUUUGAUACAAACGACUAUACUAAAUUUGAUACACUAGAAAAUUCUGAUAAGAAUUCACAGCCAGAAGUUAACCAAGCAAUACGAAGUAUUGCAACACAGUUGAGUUUAGAUGCUGAUGAUAAUUCCAUUUACUUUCAAGAAAAUCUACCAGAGUACCUUACUGAGAACGAUGAUAUACAAAUCCUAGGACAUUUUUCUGAUGGACCAAGUGAGGUUUCUUUAGCACAUGAAAAUCUCCUCGAAGGAUCAGAUAGAAGACAUCAAAUUAGUGAAGUUGGAAAGCAGCAAAACUAUGCCACUGCUCAGCUGCAAAAAAGCCCAGGUGACCAUAAAUUGCAACAAAAUCAACCAUUAUGUUUAGAAUCUUCUUCAUGGACAGAUGUACUCCAGAACUCAAAAUCUGUGGGGAUGGAUUCUCAUGGAAGAAGUUCCAAUUUCUUGGCCACCAAUGGGAUUCCUGAUUCUUCCAUCUCCAUAGAUCCAUUACCUACUUUUUCAGGGAGGGAGAAUAUUUCUACUUAUUCGUUUGGUCCAUCUGAGAAUUUGAGUUCUUAUACAGCAGAAGACAGUCCAAAUGAUCAUGAAAUUUCUGAGACUGAUUUACGUCUCCAACUAUCUGCUACGAGAAGAUUUCUUUUAGGCUUUGAGAACUCCAUUGAAUCACCUAUCACUAGUUCUCAACUCAAGAUGUUUGGAGAACACAAUUCAUCUUUAGGACGUACUUUUGAAGUUAUAAAAGAAAAUAGUUCUGAUUGGAUUGGAGCUGUUCCCAUAUCUCUGGGAAACAGUACAUGUUUGGCAGAUUUCUCAAGUAUUUUUGAUCAGAGUCAAUUUGGAGCUUCUCUUGAAACAGAUUUAAGUUUGACUGUGUCACAGAAACAACGUUUCACUAUACGGGAAGUCUCCCCAGAAUGGGCAUUUUCUUAUGAGAGCACCAAGGUUAUCAUUACAGGAGAUUUUCUUUGCAAUCCGCUGGAGUCUUCCUGGGCAGUCAUGUUUGGUGACAUUGAGGUUCCACUUGAUAUUGUCCAGGAAGGGGUACUCCGAUGCCAGGCUCCUCAACAUAAUGUUGGUAAAGUUACUCUAUGUAUCACAUCUGGCAACAGGGAGUCCUGCAGUGAAGUGCGAGAAUUUGAAUUUCGGGCUAAGCUGACCAUUUCUAACUAUAUAGAUCCUUUAUCCACUGUUGGUACUGCAAAAGAUUCUGAAGAAAUAUCGCUUCUUGCUAGACUUUCUCAAAUGCUACUGUGUGAAUAUGAUAGUUCAACAAUAGCAGUAGGUUCUGUGGACAAUCAAGAGAAGUCUAGAAAACUCAAAGCAACACAUGAGCAUUGGAAGCAAAUUAUUGAGGCACUUGGUUAUGAUAAUUCACUAGAUAUCAAAGACUGGAUUAUGCAAGAACUAUUAAAAGACAAGCUGCUUAACUGGUUGUCAACAAAACAUCAAAACAACAAACAAGCAGGCUGUUUGUUAUCCAAGCAAGAACAAGGCAUUAUACACCUGAUUUCUGGUCUUGGAUACGAGUGGGCUUUAGGUCCAAUCCUUGAGCAUGGUGUUGGCAUCAAUUUCCGUGAUGCGAAUGGAUGGGCGGCACUGCAUUGGGCUGCACACUGUAGCAGAGAGAAAAUGGUUGCUGCGCUUCUUGCUGCUGGUGCAUCUGCUGGAUUAGUCACAGAUCCCACUGCACAAGAUCCAGUUGGAAAAACACCAGGAUUCCUAGCAUCUGCUAGAGGCUACAAGGGUCUUGCUGGAUAUCUUUCAGAAGUUGCUUUAGCUAAUCAUCUAUCUUCUCUAACUGUAGAAGAAAAUGAGAUUUCUAAGGGUUCUGCUGAGGUCGAAGCAGAAAGAGCAAUUGAAAGCAUAUCUCAACGGAGUGUCAAAAAGCAUGGUGAAACAGAAGAUGAACUUUCGCUGAAGGAUUCUUUAGCAGCUGUAAGAAAUGCAGCUCUAGCUGCAGCACGCAUACAAGCUGCCUUCCGUGCACAUUCUUUCAGGAAGAGGCAGCAAAAUGCUGCUCUCAGUCUGAGUUAUGAUGAUUAUGGCUUGACUCCAGGAGACAUACAAGGGUUCUCAGCCAUGUCAAGGAUUCAUAGGCCUUCUUAUAAUCCACAAGAUCAGAAUUUCGAUAGAGCAGCUCUAUCUAUCCAGAAAAAGUAUCGGGGUUGGAAGGGACGCAGAGAUUUUGUUACUUUGCGCCUUCACACAGUGAAGAUACAGGCUCAUGUAAGAGGUCAUCAGGUAAGAAAGAAGUACAGAGAAAUCAUAUGGACAGUUGGUAUCAUUGAAAAGGUUAUAUUACGGUGGCGGAGAAAAGGAGCUGGCCUACGGGGGUUUCGAGCUGAGCCAGAAAUUGCCAAUGAAGAGGAAGAUGAUGACAUAGCUAAGGUUUUCAGGAGGCAAAAAGUGGAUGCAGCUGUUGAUGAAGCUGUUUCAAGGGUUCUAUCGAUGGUAGACUCCCCUGAUGCAAGGCAGCAGUACCGACGCAUGCUGGAAAGAUACCGUGAAGCAAAGGCUGAAUUGAGCAAUUCGGAUGAAGCCACAUCAGAACUUGUAGAUGACUGUGAGGUUGCCGAUAUGACUUUAUUUACUGACUCAGAUCAAUCAAACAUCUACUGGACUACUUAGACAGUGAUGUAUUUACGAGAAUGUUAAUAGCUAUUUUUUAAAAAAGUUUUCAUGGUAUUUGACAGCUUAUCGAUAGAAGUUUGGUGUAAAUUAUUGAUGCUAUUGUAGAUGUAAAAACACUACCUAGUGGUGCUUGUAAUUUGAACAGAAGUUCAGAAAGUGUUCUCAAAUCAGUAAGGAACUCUCUUCCUUUAA